AUGUCAGGUAUCAAAACAAAGGCACAAGCACGUCUUUUUCUUCACAGCGAUGUUUUAAUUCUUCCGGAUGUCCUCUGUGGGGUUAUAGAAUUUGAAGCUGUCCGAGUCUGUGUACUCAAGGCGAUUUUCGUCGAUUUGACGGGAUACACUGUUAAUGGGAUCGAUUCGCAUUUCCAAAUCCCAUUCCCCGCGACGGUCGGGAAACCUUAUAAAGCGACAGUCGAUAACUCCCAAAAUCGCGCCUAUGCCAAAUUUUGGGGUGUCGAGCAGAAGAUUUUUGGCGACAACAUGGCCAACGGGAAUGUGUUUUACGAGGUAGCUCCUGGAAAGCACUUAUUCCCAUUUUCGAUUCCUAUCAAGAAUUUCCCAAUCUCAGUCGGUGACCCUUCAAAUUGCCAGUCACUGAAUUACACGGCUUCUGGCAGAGUUCUUAUCAAUUACCAAGAGCCUGUAAAAACCAACUCGUUGAACUAUUACAUCAUGUUUAAUAGGGAAAUGAAGUAUCAAUUGGGUAUCCCAAAACAAUUUGUCACAGCUCCAAAUGCAGAACUUGACAUGGACAUUUCACUCUCCGCCACUAGCGUGAGAAUCGGAGAUACAAUCCACUUGAAGGCACAUUUACUCAAUCGAUCCAGUUCAACGGCGUCUACACAUUUGAGAUUAAUUGUCGAGUUUCAAGCCAGCGUGCCAGUCACUUUAAAAGAUUUCAAAUUUGGCGACGUCUCGGGGAAAGGAUUUUUCUCGAAGAAAGGACAGAACGAAAAAACAUUUGAAGAGGACAUUUUAAUCUCUGGAGGACUCUUUCCCACUUCCGAUCACCCUAGCGCAUUGGUCAGAUACUCCCUUUUGUUUACUGCAAAGGCUAAAAUGCAGUACCAACUUGUCUGCCCCAUUAUGAUCUCGUCUCAACCACCAGAAAACCCACAAAUUUUGGUCGACGCAUUGAACAAGUAUGCAGUUAAUUACGCAGAUAGAACGAAUACAUUCAAUUCAGUCUUUUCGGGACAUUUUAACCCAUUCCCUGUGAGUCCUCUGACUAGUCCAAUUGAGCAAGUCUCUCUCAUCGACCAAACUGCAGAACAUUUCAGUGUCGACCACAUUCAGAGAACAACAUCGUUGAACCCCGGUGUACAGGACGAACAACCACCAUUCCCAUAUCCAAGUUGGAGGAGUGUUGUGUUGCCCCAAGGCUUUGUUAUGUUCUAUUAUAUGAACGAGUGGUGUUUUAUUAAUUUGUCCAACAAUCAAGUCUCUUACGUCGACCCACGUCCCCCAGAACAAAGACUCCCGUUAUACGCAACUGAUAACGACGCGUAUGAAUUUGUCGUGAAAGUGAACGCGGUCAGAGGAAUUCCUUUGAUGGAGCAGAAAGAACCAACACUGUCAUUCACACUGAACGACUAUAUCGAAGUCGAUACACAGAAGGGCCAGAAACAACUCACAUUCAAAUUGGAACAAGGGCUUGAGCCUCAUAUUGUUGGGAGCGAUAUUGUGUUGUCAGGGUUUACUAAGAAUAGGAUGAACGCGAUUGUGAAAGUGUCACAACAACACACGUUCAGCGAAACAAUCUAUGGGUAUCUCGACCUCGACUUCUUACAUAUCCCAAGUGGAGUUGAAAUCACUGAUUGGUUCCAAUUGGUUGGAGAUGGAGAGGAAGCAAUUGGCAUUGGAGAGGUUAACGUCACUAUCGGCGUGAGAAGUAGAGUGAACCCACAACUUGUCCCCGUCUGUGUCAGUUGUGUGAGUGCAAUCAACAAGAUGUGGUACCCAUCAGGAAAGCUCUUGCAGACUGCAAUGAAAAACGAAGAGAAGAUGGGAGCAAAAAUGAGAAAAGGAAGAGCUUUAAUUCCUCAAUUUGACUAUGAGGUAUAUACGCCUUUCAAUUUGCCGCCAAAGAACACUUAUCUGAGACUCAUAAAUUAA